UCUAGACUCUAAUAAUUUUAAAUGAGGUUGAUAGGUAAAUUCAACAUCGGCAUGUCUAAAUCGUUGAAUACUUUUAUAACAGACUUGAAAUACAAUUUCCAGGAAACUUUGAUAUUAAUCUUUUUUGUCCUCUUAUUAUUUCGUUUCAUUGAAUAUUUAUGGCAAAACCGAAAUUUGUUCAAAAGAGCAUGGAACAUACAGGGACCAUUAAACUUGCCAAUCAUCGGAAGUUCUUAUUUAUUUUUCCGAAAUCCAGCAGGUUAUAUGAAGAGAAUGGAGAAGCUGCAUUGUCAAUACCCGAAGAUCUUUAAAAUUUGGUUGGGACCAAAUAACGUAUUAUUUGCUUUAUCUGAUCCCGAAUACAUUAAAAAAUUAUUUACUGACCCUAAGGCAACUGAGAAGGCCUUUAUUUAUGAUGUGUUAACUGAAGUUUUUGGUCCAGGUAUACUAACAGCCCCAGCUAAAAUAUGGAAACCUCAUCGAAGAGCAAUUUCUCCUUAUUUCACGAAAAAUAGGAUAGAUUCAUUUGUUAAAACUUUCUCAGAAGAUAGUGCUAAAUUCGUAAAUCAAUUAAGAGAAGUUGGCAAUAACAAAGAUUACGAUUGGUCUCUUUUCGUCAAAAGAUAUUCUUUGGACGUAGUUUGUAAAAGUGUAAUGGGUAUGGAUUUGAAAAUAAAUUAUGUGAAGCACAGAGAAGAUGAUCUAGGACAUUCUAUAGACAUGUUAAACCAUUAUGGAAUAAUCAAAAGUCUGCAGGUGUGGUAUCAUGUGGGCAUGAUUUAUACAUUUUCAACAGUCAAAAAGAAAUUUGAAAAAUACAGGGAACUGUUCAAUAACAUCACAACUUCGGCAGUCAGAGAAAAGCUUCAUCAAUUAAAAGAUAAUGAUAACGCCGAUUAUGCAGAAACUGAAACGAAGAAAAGAAGACCCGACUUAAUAGAAAUGAUUUAUUCAAAUCCAAUUUUUACCGAACAAAGUUUAAUCUAUGAAGUCAACACAUUUUUAGCAGCGGCUACGGAUACUACUGGUAUGGCCAUUUGUACAACGUUUUUAAUGUUAGCAAUGCAUCCAGGUAUACAGCAAAAAGUGUAUGAUGAAGUCAUAGAUGCAAUUGGACUUACCGAGGAAAUUGAUCCGACAGGUUUAGUGAAAAUGAAGUAUACAGAAAGAGUAAUUAAAGAAACUUUAAGACUCUUUCCACCAGUGGUAAUGUUUGGACGAAGGUUAACCGGAGAUAUAAACCUCGGAGAUAUUAUAUUACCAAAAGGCGCGUCGGCUGGAUUGAUUCCGAGUCUACUUCACAGGGACCCAAAGUACUGGAAAGAUCCACUAACAUUUAAUCCAGAUAGAUUUUUACCUGAGGAAAACAGUAAACGACACCCUUGCACAUAUAUUCCCUUUUCUUACGGUGCCAGAAACUGCAUAGGUAAAUAUUAUGCGUUUCAAAAUUUAAAAACUCUAACAGCAACAGUUAUUCGUGAAUUUAUGAUAUACACGGCAUAUAAAUCAGUAGAAGAAGUUGAAUUUACCUUGCAAGGAGUUCUUACAUUGACGCACGGUGUUAAAUUGUGGUUUGAACCACGAACAUAAUGUAUAUUAUUAUUAGUCUGAUCUAAAAAAAGUCUUUAUUAUAGGUAUUCACAUUUACGUGUUUCUAAUAAUUGUAUUCCAGUUUAUUCGUUAUUCA